AUGGCAUCAGAUGAUCCAAAGAAAGGCAUGUUGGUUGGCCUUUCACCGGAGGAUGUCGCGAAGCAUGGAAUCAACAUUUUUGCUUCUGAGCUUACACCAGAAGACCUUUGGGGGCCAACUCCUCCGUCAGGGGGAGCCUUCUUGGAUUUGGUUUUGGAGUUCUAUGGGGUUGGUUCCCAUGAUGUUCCUUUCUUCUUCAAUGGACCCAAUGGUGAGAAAUUGAGAAGCAUUGAGAGAUCUCCUCUCAGUCGCGAGUUGCAAGAAGCGACAGUCCAGGAGUAUAAGGAACGAAUCUUUCGCGAAAGCAUUUCACAAGUCGCGGCAGGCCAGACGCUGGCUGAUUGGGUGAACCAAUUUUUCGUUGGAAGACAAGCCAAAAGAGCUGGCCGUGUGAAGCGGGCAGCUGGAAUCAUAGAGCAGAGGCAGUGUACAGAGCAGAGAGUGAGCAGCCGCAUUCCAGUAACGUUCAACCAGUCAUUAGGUGAAAAUUUCCAAGACUACUUGGAAGACGCUCUAGUUCAAGAAUCAGAGUGGGAACUUGAAGCCUCAAAGCUUUGCAUGCACUCGCAGAACCCCAGCUACAAGUCUGCAUACCGUGAUUUCGUGCUGGAGCGAAGUAUGUACUUUCGUGACUGGGACAACUACCGGAAGGCACUGUCGGUUGUUCACACCUUGCAGCGUUUCAAGAUCUACUCUGACAUGAAGACGUUUUGGAACCGACAUGUCGAUUUCAUUGGAACAGAGAUGGAGCCAAGCGCAGUGAUUGCUGCCAUGCACAGCCUGACACUUUUGAUCACUGGAAACAUGCAGAAGUUCUAUUGCCCAGAAGAGAUUGGCGUCGUUCUCUUGCAUGUGCCAAAGGCUGAAGUCACAUCAGCAGGAGAGAGGCUUCCAGCAUGGAGCUUCAAGCACUUUGAGCAUGAUGCCGGUCGCAUGAACCUUCUGAAUUUUCCGAUGGCUGAGAGUUCUGUGGCAAAGAAGCUGGCCAACCGGGAGGGCUCUGGUGCCACCAGUUCAGGCAUUAAGCAAGAAGUUGGGUCAGCGCCAGCGACCCCAGCAGAGCCCAUGUCAGCUUCAAAGACUUCUGGGAAGAGGGGUAUCCAUUGGACCUCUGAAAUGACCGAGCUCUGGACAGAUGCUGGCUUGUGCUCCGCCAAGAAACAGCGGACAGAAACAGAGACUGAUGAGAAGAUGGCAGGCUUGGGUGGCCCGGGCUCGCGUGUCAAUGCCACCAGUGCAAGCGAAGUGAAGAUCAAGAAAUCAGACAAGAAGUCAUCAUUCACACCUUUCAGUGAUGAUGAGAAGAAGUGUUUUCGCACAGCUGGGUUGUUCCUACAGUUCCUCUUUGAGGGGCGUGUCUGCCUUCGGGGCAAAGAUCUUCGUUUGUGGUCAGCGGCCCGUCCAGAGAUUCAGGCGACCUAUGUUGCAGCAAUGGACUUUGUGAGGGCUCCCGCUUUGGCUGGUACAGGGCCAGGUUCUGGUAGCAAAGAUGGUGGUCAGGCAGAGAGAAAGCUAUCCGCUUUGGAGUUGGCAAAGGUGCUCUGCAAAUCAUUUGUUCCCCCGCCUGUGCACCAGUUGGUCAUGGGCGAUGAUGAAGCUGGGGCUUUGAAACGCGUGGCAACUGUGAUGUCGACAGAGUAUUCAACCACUGCUUUGCCUUUGAAGUCUUUUCUGACUAGCGCAAUGAAGAUGCCAGUGAUGAUGCAUGACUCAAUCGUCCAGUGUGUCAAAAGGUUCCUGAACAGCGACUGCAAGCGAAUGGAAAUUGUGGACAUGAUUUGCAAAAUCCAAUCUGACCUAGAACAAGGCUUGCCGUUCAAAUGGGUAUCUCUGGCAGUUGACGUUGCAGAAUUGUUUGCAGGGCAGAGUUCGUUCGCUGAGGGCACACAAGAGGUAUUUGGAAGUGCUGAGAUCCUGGAAAAGUUCAUGUCGCUCCGUAUGCAGUACUUGCUGCACAUUGUGAGCUCUGCCGUGACUUCCGCGUGUGAGUUUGUGUUGACAGACGCUACCAAGGAGCAACUGGACUUCUUCUCGCUUCUACCUCAAAAGUUGAAGGGGCACAAGGAUUUCCUGACUUCAUUUGACAAUAUUCUGUCAUCCCGGGAUUGGGGUGUCAAAUGGGCAGAGGUUCUACAGCAGUCAGCUUCUGAAACGGACGUCGUGAAACAUGUCAAGCGAUUGACGCCUGCUAUGCAAGUGCAAGGGGGGCAAGGAGAGGUUUCAGGGAAAGGGGCAGGUGCAAAUGAUGAAAGGGCAAGCCUGCUAGAGAGCUUGAGGGCAAGUUCCAAAGUUGCCGAAGGACAAAAACCAUGCGCAAAGGCAAAGACAUUGAAACCUGAUGAAGAAGCUGGCAACCAGAAAGGUGCUGCCGUUGCCGCUCCAGCAGAAGUAGAAGUUCGUGGUGAAGCUGGUGAUGGCGAGGACAAGAAGAAGGAGAAGGAGUCGGAGAAGGAUCAAUCAAUGGUCACACUGAGUUCCUUCAACGACUUCAUGUCUGAGGACCACCAGAAACGUGCUGAAGACGAGUUGAAGUCCUUUGGCCUGAAAAAAGCUGGUGCGCUCUUCUUCAAGAAGUUGGAAACGUCUUUGAACUUGUGCUUGCUUGACAUCCUGCCUGAGUUGACCCGGGGUGAAUCCAGUGUCAAGAUCAAUGUCAAGGCAAUGAACAGCAAAUCAGCUAAGCAGGAUGGCUUGCAGGUAUCCCUUCCUGCUCCAGGUGACAUGUGCCUUCCUCAGAUCAACUACUUGACAACGACACAUUCAAAAGGAGCCACGUUGUGCACAAAAGCCUUUGGAGUUUCUCAGCUGGAUUGGAGUGGAGCAUAG